CGCUCAUUCCUCCCUGCGCUGGCUGGGGAGACACGCACUUUCUGCUUUUCUGCCUGACGGCUGGCUUUGCUCCAGCAUCCCUCUGUGCCUCUUGUGUGUUCUCCUCCCCCCUCCAGCCUCCGUCUCCCCCCCCCCUAUGGGGUUUCUUGGCCAGCCUGCUUCCCUGGCUGUUGCUGCUGCUGCUGCUGCUGCUGCUGGAGCAGUGGAGCUGUUUGACACUACGCUGCUGCGCCGCUACCGCUCUGCCUCGCUUCUCCUCUCUGCCUGCUGCCUCACACUCUGCUUUGCCGGAUAAUCACCAUCAAGUCUGCCCGAGACCACGGCAGAGGGAAGGAACAGGAGGGAGGCAAAGAAAAAAAAAAGAAAGAGAGUCUGCACUAUCCAUUCAGCUGCUGCAUUUUUCAGUCGUUUCUUUUUUUCUUCCUUGCUGCUGGAGAGUGGAGCAGUGGACAACUGGACAGGAGGGAGCUCCCUUAAGGAAUUUAUGCUCCUCUCGUUUUAUGCUUCUUCCCUCUGUUCAUUCCUGGGACAGAGAGCAGAGGAGGAGAGAAGAGGGAGGGACUGAUAGCAGGAACUCAGACUCUGCCUACAGCUGCACCGCUCAGCGUCCCAUCUUGCUCCAAAGCCACACAAGUCAAACACACAUCCAGUCACCGACAGGACGGAAGGACUGACUGACAGAGACACACAUUCUGUAACUACAGAGAGACAGGUGGCGUUGGUGUCAUGGCGUCAGUGGACGGCACCGGUGCGAGUGUCUCUGGCCGGCUGAGAUCAGGGGAUCUACUUCAUGCUGGUCUGGCAGUUGCGCUGCUGCUGGGUGUGUGGCAUGUUGGUGGGCUCGAGGUGACAACAGGUAAAGUGUCUAUGACCGAAGCAAUAAAUGGCUCCACAGUUCUGCUGCCCUGCUCCUACAUGUCUUGUAUCGGCAUCAGAAACCUCUACUUCAGAUGGGAAUAUAAUGACAAUGGAACCCUCCUGAAGUAUUGCCAAGCAGAAAUUCCUAUGGCGGGCGUGGAGCCAAAGGUGGAGAUAUUCCACAGCCGUGUGGAGUUUGUCGGUUCGUCUAGAGGCAACAUUUCCAUCCUGUUGAAGAACAUCACCUUCGAGGAUGCCGGAGACUACAUCUGCUUUGCCAGAAACCAAAAAGAGAAGAAUCGCAACCACAGCGCUACCUUCACUCUUAAAGUGGUAGACCAACUGAAGGAGGUUGACAAUACUUUGACGGUCAUUAUUGUCUCAGUGCUGGGUGGAGUCAUUGGCUUAGUUAUCAUUGUCAUGGUGAUAAAGGCCUUGGUUGUACACUUCCUGCUGAAGGAUGAUGAGAAGAAUAAAGAGUGCCUGGUGAGCUCCUCAGGGAAUGACAACACAGAAAAUGGACUUUCCGGAGCCAAAGCUGAUAACAAAGGGACACCAAAGGCUUGAGCAUAAUGCAAAGUAUGUCUGUAUGUUUGUAUAUAAGUUAGACAAAUGUACACACUCAGAGAAAAAGCUGUUAUCAGUGGACUGUUUUAUCCUACUAGUGGCUAAACAAUACAACUUGUAAAUGGCUAUUUUAAAUCAUGCUUGAGAUUUGGGAGUGCGACAUAUGCACAGGCCUGGAUCGCUCUCUCGCUUACAUGACAGCCCACUUGUUUCACAGAGUGCUGCCAUUGUUGUUAAAUACCGCUCUACAUCAUACUGAACCAAACAUCCAUUCCCACAGUAAAGCCCGUGACUUUAUUUGGUAAU